AUGGGCAACUGCCUGGCACCCGUCGGCCGCCGGAUCCCCAGAGUGUCUCGUAUCAGAGAAAAGCUAGCAUGGCGUAGGAAACCGAAAGCAACACAAGCAGAACCCAACGAGCAAGGUGAUGCAGAGAAGCAGGAACCAGCGGUGGCAGGAGCAGAAUUGGUCAAGGACGUCCCUGCUGACAAUGCUGUUCCUUCUGCUGUUAGAUUACAGCCAGAGCUUGGUGAUUCCCCUGCCGCGGAUAAUGUUCAGUCGACUGCAAGUCAGGAGGCAGAGGUUUGCGAUCCCAUUGCCAGCGAGGAUGUUCCCUCUGCGAGACAGAAGCCAGAGGUGGGGCCCACCUUUGCAUCCUGCAGCUGUCAUAGAUUGUGUCAUGUGUUAUUGAAAGCAUAG